CUCCCAUAAAGGCGGGCACAUCAGAUGCGUCGAGAAAAUGUCAACAACAUGCCGGAGACUUCCAGAGAAACAGAAACCGUGGAGAGAGGGAGGGACAGACAACAAAGAGACCAAGAACACCAGACGUCUCGUAACGUAGUGUCAGCGAUAUCUCAGUUAGCGGACGACAAUUUGACUCUUGUGCGGAACAUUAGCACCGGUCUGGCUGUUGCUGGUGUGAUUGUAAUCGCAAGGAGCAUCAGAGUGAUCACGAAAUUUCAAGCCGCUUCUGAGAUCCCGGUCCGUUUCAUUGAAGGGAACGUCAGCCUUCGAGGAAAAGUUCGUUCCAUCACAGAGAGAGGAAUAGAAGUGGAGCACGUCCCAAUUUAUCUGCCAAUCAUCUCUCCGUUACUGUUAAAGCACCGGGAUGCGUCGACGUCUCCGCUGCUGGUGCAUCUGGCUGGAGUGGAGCUGACGCCGGAGGGAAAGACGUGGCUGCAGAAGAACCUGGUUCCUCCUCAAACCGUUUGGCUGAAACUCAUCAGCCGAGAGGACGACAUGCUGCACUGUCUGGUGUCCCAGAGCCGGCCUCCUUCCGUCUGUCCAGCAGGGGUCGAUGUGGAGCUACUGCAUGAACGAGGAGCUCCUAAGGCUCGGCCUGGCCCGCCGUGCUCCCAUCGCGGGACUCCCGCCGGGCUCUCCCCUCUACUGGCGCCUGCACAGACGGCUGCACAGGGCAGAGGUGAAGGCGGAGAAGAAGGGUCGGGGUCUAUGGAAGAAGGAGGGCUUGUGGGAGAGGGCUGCCAAAGCCCUCAAAGACAAUCCGUUGCUUAGACUGAUGGGGAGGAUCUUUAGAAGGACUCGCACUGAGUGACUCAUUAAUCCAAGUCAAACACUUCGUUGUCGGGCAUUUCGAAAGCCACCGCUGCUCAAAGGACGCAAAUUAAUUUUAUUGAUAGAGAUUGUCCACAGCUUAAGUAAGCUUAGAGACGUCGCAAAAGCUUGAAAAAUGUGAAUACAAAACUGGAAACAGUGGGUCAAACUUUCUUCUUUUGUCCUUUGUACGGCAAGAAGUCAGUACACUACAUUCCUCUUGCACAUGUUUAAGAUGUUGGUGUCAUUUAAUCAGCUGAACAGUGUUUGGAAUAUAAAUUAAAAUUACUGUUAAAAUCAACAUUGU